AGAGAUAUUAAAAGCAGCUCAAAAGCUUUGUUUGUUUUUGGCGCCAUUGUUUUAAAUUUUUAGUACUCAAAACAAACAUACAAUAGUAAUGCUGAAUGGAUAGAACAUGAUAUUAAGAAACUAACUGGAAAUGAGCGAUUCUAGUGUCGAAAAUAAUGAAUUUCAGUUUUAUCUGCUGCUCGUAAGACAAUGCAUCUUUCAGUUGCCUGAGGAAGAUGAGAGAGUACGUGCAGCUGCAUGGAUGGUUCACCUACGAAGGCUUCGGGAAGCAUCGGACUUGAAACUUCGUAAUGAUUACAUCAAGCUGCUUCUGUUUGCUAUGCAUAGUCGAUGUCUCAUCGGUCCAUUUUCUCAGCCACCUCAGAAGGACAAAGGCUUAGAGCAUUUUCCCCUAAAUUUCACAUUUCCAGACAUGAUGAGACGUCUGAUAGAAGAGAGUAAUGCUCAGUCAAUGAGAAACUGCCAAUUUCAACAUGAAGAUCAGUCGUCUUUGGCUUCAGGAAAUUGCAGACUAGAAGUUAAGGUACAAGAAAACUCAGAAGGCAAUAUGUCACUACCUAAAAUGUCACUGACACAAACUCAGUCUUGUAGGCGUACUUUUGGGGAUAAAAUUACACCUGCAGAUCAGAACGAGAGCUUUGUUGCUGAGCCUACUGCCAGUUGGGUAUCAGGAUUAACUUCAGCCAGUAGUAAACUUUCUCCAGAUCUUAAAGUGGAGAACGUAAUUAAACUACAGAAUGAAAACAGAAAGGAAUGUCAAUCCAUUAUUGGAGAUGCAGCUAUAAAAAAAGAAGAGGGCAUGAAAUCGACAGUGGAUUCAUACCAUGAACUACAACAUAUGCACGAGACUGGUGUGUCACUUUGCCAUUCUUGUCGGCGAAUUAGCUUAAAUAGUACUUCAUCAACAUACGGAGGAAAAGUAGAUCAUAGACAGGAGAUAUGCAGCAGUGAAUUGCAUGUGAAGGACCAAACACCAAGAAAUUCAAAUAUAGAAGAUGAGAUAAAUGUAGCACAUUGCACUAAUGAAAAUAAUAGAAACAAUGAAACACAUAUUCCGUUUAAGUACUCAGAUAAUUCUCAUUACCAGCACAGUCACCAUCAUCAUCACCACAGACCACCAGUUUGUUGUAGUAAUGACCAGAAUAAAUCAGCUCUAGAUAUGGAAAUUACAGGAAGAAAAUAUAUUGGUGGAAUGUUUCUUCAGAUGCCAACGAAUGGAGGAAUGACGACAUAUGCUAAACAAGAUUCUUCUGUUAAUUGUGGACACUCUUGUUUCAGCACUGACUUCAGUGAGGCUAGAAGAAAGCAACAGAGUAGCCAUUGCCAGUUAAAAGAAAAUGGUCACAAUAAUUUGAGAACUAAUCCAUUAAUGCUGAAUUUUCAAACAGAUUAUGACAGAACCAGAACCCAUGUUUCUGAUCGUCAGGUGAGAGAAAACUGCAUGUGUUUUCAUUCCAUGAGCCCCAAAACAGGAAAUAUGCAUCGUCCACUGGUGUUUAACAGGAAAUCUAAUGCGGAAUACAGAUCAGGUGCUGAAACAGAGGAACAAAACAUUCCUUCAGAUGAAGUUAUGAAAAAGGAUAAUGUGAAACGAAGUUACAUUGCCAGUGUGUCUGGCAAUGGCAAUGAUGAUAACACUACUGAGAAUUCAGUACAGCACAAAUCAGUCACAUAUGAUUCUGGUAGUGUUCAUACACGCAGAAUAAAAGAUUGCAGCUACAUGGAAGAUCCAAAAAGAACGACUGAAGAACAGUUAUUUGUUGCAUCAGAAUUAGAAUUACCAUUUCAUGUAACAGAUGAACUUGGCACCAAUGAAACUAGUAUAAGACAAGGAAAAUCAGCUCAAGAAAUGCAUCUACAAGGGCCAUCGAAACAAAUCUACCAUUCACAUACUGAGACACAGGAGAACACGAGCAGCGGCCGAAGGCACCCAUACUCAGCAGAAGAUAUACCAACCAACAUGAUUCCAAAGGCUAAGAGUUCAGAGUUCAAUGUUGCAACAUUCAGAGCCAGUUUAUCAGCAGAUUUGGAAGCAUAUUCAACAGGAUAUGCCGCUGGAUAUUCUGCAGGAUAUGCAGCAGGAAUUGCAGCUGCUUUACAUUCACCACCAAAGCAUUUAUAUUCAGUACUCCACUGACUUUAUGAUAAGAAGAAUGACUACAAUCCAUUCUAAGACAAAUAUUUACAAGUUCUGUGGUCAAAGUGUAUGCACCAUAAGUAAAGAGUAUCUCUUGAAUUCUUGUGGAUGUGAAGUAAACAGGAUUCAUUACAAAAUAAGUUUUUCUUGUCGUUUAUUUUGUGUCAAAAGAAGUAGUUUACUGUGCAUAUUUUGCAUAUUUAAAAUUGAUCACUAUACAACUUUUCGAAAGAAAUGAUGGAUAAG